UGUCUAGCUAGUCAGCUCACUAGUUUUGGAAACAUAGCUACUUCCUAGUCAGGAUAGUCACAUGGGUAGGUUACGAUCGUUUAAAUAUGGCUGCUGUUGUAGGAUGUCAGUUUAUUGAGCAGCUGGAAUACGUUCAAACAGCGGUGUCUUCGUUUAGAUUUGUCUUAUUAUAAAGCGGUUUAUACAAGCGGCGACGAUUGAUAGAUGUGUGAGAUUUAUGGCAGGUGACGUCCAAGCUCUGUCAGGCUGGAGAGCAUCGUCUUCAAGCUCAUGUAUAUCAGAUCGUGAUCUGCCUCAGUGCACUAACCAGCCCUGCUGCAAAGAGAGAAAGAGUCCUCAGUGCACAGCCUAUUUACGAUUUGUGUUUUUCAAAUGACGUCUGUGUGAACUAUUAUGCUUUCAGCUGUUGAGAACCUGAGCAUGGAUGGGUGUUUCUGCUGAUGUCUCUCUAUAUACUCCGAGAACAUGAUUGGCUCACCAGAUGUGGUGGCUUUUACCAAAGAAGAUGACUUUGGGGACUCGUUCUCGGACCCGUGCUCGCUUCCAGAGGAGUUUUCUGUGCCUUUGUUUGCUCACGCUGCCAAUGCAAAUCCCUGGACGAAGACAUCCUAUGCGAAAUUCCCGAAAGAUUUCAUACUCAUCUCUGAAUUUUCGGAACAGGUUGGUCCACAGCCUUUACUCACCAUUCCCAAUGAUCCCAAAGUGUGUGGGACGUUUGACCUUAACUACUUCUCGCUUCGCAUCAUGUCUGUGGACUACCAGGCGUCCUUUGUUGGACACCCUCCUGGCAGUAACUACCCAAAGCUUAAUUUUGUGGAGGACUCAAAAGUCGUUCUGGGCGAUUCCAAGGAAGGGGCGUUUGCGUACGUCCAUCAUCUGACGCUGUACGAUUUGGAGGCUCGCGGAUUUGUACGGCCCUUUUGCAUGGCCUACAUUUCCGCAGACGAACGGAAGAUCAUGCAUCAGUUUCAAGAACUGUCUGCUGAGUUUUCCAAGGCGUCCGAAUUUCUAAAAUCAGGCAACAGGAGAGCUUUCGCAAAUGAGCUGGAAAAGAAACUAAAAGACUUGGAGUACACCAGAUCGGUGUUGCACAAAGAGACCGAGCUGCAGAAAAUGAACAAUGGCUGUUAUUCCACCCAAGCUAUUGAGAAGGCGAAUGAAUUGGCAAAUGUGGAGAAGUCCAUUUAUGAACACAAAGAUCUGCUGAGGCAAAUCACAUCUUAUCCCUACAGGAAAAAGAAAGAUGUGGAUUUCGUUCAACGUGAGACAGAGAAACCGGCUGACGUUCAUGUGAUAGAUGACACAUUAAAUUUUAAUCAUUCUGACACUGCAGACAAGACUGUGGAAACCGAAAGCGAUAGUAGAAAGUCCUCUUACACGCCUCAGCUCAUUAAGGCCAAAUCUGCAAAAUGCUUUGACAAACGCUUGAAAACAAUGGAAGAGCUUUGCGACGCCAGCUUUUUUCACCAAACUCUAGAGCAACUAAACGUAAUUGAGAAGUCAUUCCGGGGAGAUCUAUGCUUUAUUUACACUAGCCAGAUCGACAGGGCUCUUCUAAACAAACAGAAAGUUACUAGUUUUCUCUUCGAAGCUGAACGUGAUCGAGAAUACGAAGGAACCUCAAAGAACUUCAAUAUUUCUUCCAACAAUCCAACUGUCCCCGUUCUGAAUUUUUCUGGCGAGCCGAUGAGUAUCGAUUCAUACACCACCUGCAUAGAUGUAGAUCACAUUAAGCCAGGUGUGGAGUCUAUGGAAGGCCCUCCUGAGUCUAGUACAUCUGACAUUACGCAGGAAACCUCAGAGGCCGCCGACACGGAGACCAAAGGGAGUUUUAGUAGCGACAAGAGCAUUGAAGCUUUUGGAAGUGUUAGUCCUUCCAGCCUACAGGCGAAUUUCUUUGAUGGUCUCGAGAGAAAGAGCAAGAUAUCCAUUGCAUCACCAUGUGAAAAUGCAUCCAGGUCUAUCGCCGUCCCACCGAGGACGUCUGAUGGGAAUCUAGUCCCGAUGGAUGCAGCGUGCUGUAUUGGACAGGACGGUUUCAUUUUUGACGAACCUCUACCUGAGCUCGCUCAGGAGUGCUGUGGCGACACAGUGGUGAACCAAGAACCUCUGUCUCUUCUUCAAGGAGACCCUGCCUUACAGGUGGACUACAUUUUGGAGGACUCCGAGAGUCCAAACAUGGGACUGACUUUCUCCGAUCUAAACGCUACUGUUCUUUCUGAGGAGGUGGCGAAAAUUAAUAUCGAAGAUGUUUCUGAUAGUACAAGCUUCAUGAGCGCCUCCACCAGCUCCGAUAGAGCCGUGUCUCCGUUCACCUACGGCAGUACGUUGACCCUAAAGCAAAAGAAGAAAGCUGGACACAGCGCUCUUCGAUUCAUCAGGCAAUAUCCAUUCGCUCAGCAAGCCAUUUUCUGCCUUAUGAGUGGGCGAACGCUUGUUAUUUUAGGGGUGGAUGAAGGCACGGUGAGGAAGCUGGUCAAUGCUUUGUUCAUUUUCGUUCCUAAUCUCGGAAAGUACGGUGAAACCGUCCAACCGUGGCUUUCAUCGCCAUUUCAGCUAACCGACCUGCAGAGAUGGAAGCUUAUUGGAUUGCAGAGGGCUGCCUCUCCGGCUGGAUCCAGCAUUCUCCACUCUUUGAAUCGAUACAGCCGUUACAUAAGCAUUUUGGACUGUGACAGCAAAACCCUCCGGUGUCCGCCGUACAAAGGAACACUAAUAAACCAUUUGGCAGACCACAGGACUCAAAUCAAACGCGGCAGUACCUACUUCCUCCAUGUUCAGGGUAUGUUGACUCAGCUCACAGCCAAGGCCUUCCUUUACACAUUCUGCCAUCACAUUCACCUUCCCAUGGACAUCAACGACCAGGGCUCGGUAACGUCGCGCAGGACUAACUUCUUGUUGCAGCUCGGCUACACUGUGGAGGAGAGCAAAAUCGUCCAGUACCUGAGUGAGCUCAUCAAGCAGCAUUACAUCCAGGGGUCCCCGAAGGGGGUCAACCCGUCUUUUUGUUUUAAUUACACCACCAGCUAUUUGUACAAAAUCUGAAUGUGCCCACUAUCUGUUCAGCAUUAACCCCGAUGAAAUCAGGAGACCAAAUGUAUUGAAUGUAAUCACCUAUUUAUUUUUUAUUUUUUCUUCAUGGCAUUCCAGGAAGCGGCAGGUUGAACGUCUGGUGUUACAAAAUGUGGUUUUGACUUUUUGUUGCAUAUUGGCAAACCAUUUUCUGUAAAAUGGAGAAAAUGGUUCCUCUUGUGGUCUAAAGACCUUACAAAAGCAAAAUUUCACUGUCGUUCAAACACAAGUCGACUUGUUUUAAAAGAGGCCGUGUGAAACCACUCAUUUAAAUAUGUGUAGUCACAUGCUUGUUUUCAUUGACAGCUACAGCUACACAGGAACAGCAGCAGGAGAGUCUCUAAUCACCAUUUAAUUAAUCUAGUGCUUAUAUCCCAUUUAAUAAUUAAUGCUUAUUUGUCUUCACAAGGAAAGCAGCUGUUGCUGCAUGAAAAUUAUAAGCAUCUUAAAUGGCAACAGAACAGUUUUUUUUUUAUAAUACACAUCCUCCUCACUAUGCAUCUUUUAUAAAAUGCAUUAACAUUUUUUUACAGUUGAGGUCAAAAUUUUACAUACACCUUGCAGAAUCUGCAAAAUGUUCAUUAUUUUAUCCAAAAUAAGAGGGAUCAUACAAAAUGCUUUAUUUUUUUAUUUUUUUUUAGUACUGACCUGAAUUAGUUAUUUCACAUAAAAGACAUUUACAUAUAGUCCACAAGAGAAAAUAAUAGUUGUUUAUAAAAAAAUUACCCUGUUCAAAAGUUUACAUGCGCUUGUUUCCUAAUACUGUGAAACAUUUUUAAGAGAAACUUUUAAGUGAUAGUGAUAGUUGUUAGUGUUAGUUGUUAAUGAGUCUCUUGUUUGUCCUGAACAGUUAAACAGCCCACUGUUCUUCAGAAAAAUCCUUCAGAUCCCACAAAUUCUUUAAUUUUUCAAAGUUUUUGUGUAUUUGAACCCUUUCCAGCAAUGACUGUAUGAUUUUGAGAUCCAUCUUUUCAGAAUCAUAUGCAGCUAUUACAGAAGGUUUACUGAUGCUUCAAAAGGAAACACUAUGCAUUAAAAGCCAGGGGGUGAAAACUUUUGGAUAGUGUACGUUUUUCUUAUUUUGCAUGAUAUCAUAUUUUUUUCAUUUAGCACUGCCCUUCAGAAGUUACAGAAUAUACUUACUGAAGACAAAAUAAUUUACAUUUACCCUGAUCUUCAAAUUCCAAAAAUUUUUGUGUUUCCUUCUGAAGCGUCAGUGAGCAUUUGAUAUCUCAAAAUCUCUUCGUAUCUCAAAAUCAUACAGCCAUUGUUGGAAAGUGUUCAAAAUGCUGAAAAGCCAAAGAAUUUGUGGGACCUGAUUUUUCUGAAGAACACAGCUGUGGGUCAUUCAGGUAACAACACAGUAUUAAGAAUCAAGCGUAUGUAAACUUUUGAACGGGGUCAUUUAAACUAUUAUUUAAAUUCAACUAUUAUUUUCUUUUGUGCACUAGUAUGUAGACGUCUUUCAUGUGAAAUAUAUUAUUUAGGUCAGUACUAAAUAAAAAAAAUUAUAUGCAUUUUGUAUGAUCCCUCCUAUUUUGAUAAAGCAAUUAACAUUUUGCAGUUUCUCCUAACUUGUAAACUUUUGACCUCAACUGUAAAUUAGCAAAAAAAAAAAUGGGAUGGUAAUAAAUGGAUUGGUCAGUAAUUAGCUUUUAAAACUUGCUUUCUAGGCUUGAGAAAUACACUAAACUGAUUAAUAAUAGAGCCUGAGAUGUAUAAUUUUUCCUGCCCUCUUGUGGACAUUAAAUCUGAGAGGAAAACUGAAUCAUUUUUUUAUAAUACAAAAACAAAAGGCAUUGUUAAACAAACAAAAAUGGAGACAACUGCCCUUGGUGUUUCAGCGUAAUCGUGUGAUAAGAUGAACGAAUGUACUGCAUGUAAAAUGUCACAUCGUGAAGAACUGUUACACAAUUUUCUGCAUGUUCGAAGAACACAAAAAUGUAACGACGGCAACAUAUGGUGGCAAUUUGUGGACACUUCCAUUGUAUCUCAUGUGUUGUACUAUUCAGCCUUUCUCGAUAUAUUUAAAAUGGAUAUAAAAUUGUUGUCUAAGUUGUGUGCAAGCAACGUCAGCAUGAGUAACUGUGGAUGAAGUGGCCCUUCAUUCUAAUGGCUGUUGCUGUGAUGUGAAAUGAACGGUAAUGGUGGUUGUUGCCAAAAUCCAUUGUCUGUAAUUGUUAUUCCCACUACUGCAUGACAGCAGUUGUAGUCCAAAAUUACAGAUCUUGACUGCCACCGCUGUUUCUAAUCGCAAGUGUGUCUUAAUAUCAAGUUGUUUUGGCUACCCAGUUAUUAUUGGCCUUGGUAACGGUUUGUCAGAGACAGAUUUUUCAGCAUUUAAUUGCAGAGUCUGUUGAAUGUAAAUUGAGAAUAAGCCAUACCAUUAUACGCACAUUAACUUCUAAGCAGGUUGUUUCUUUUUGCUGUUUCUGAACAAAUCUUGUUUGCUGUAACUUGUCUAAAUCAUGCAUUUUUGUUGCCACUUUUCACAAAUCUAUUUUAAGACAGUAUUGUGAGGUAUGCUCUUCAUGGUAAAAUAUUUAUGGAUGUUAAGUCGAGUAAAUUUUGAGGGUCAUCUGUGUGCUUUGAGUUGCUGCCCACUGUGAAAUUUCUCUGCCUUCAAUUGAAUUAAAUUAUUUCUGAUUUA